CACUUCUCCCAUAAUCCCUUCCUCACCACCCAACCAAACCGACGCGAUCCAAUUUCACCGAUCCUUCUUCUUCAAUAAUGGCAGCUUCCUCCAUGAUCUCCUCUCCCGCCUUCUCGCCGGCUGCCCAGCUCCCCCGACACUCCCCGGUGGUGAGCCCCUCUUCCCUGAGCUUCCACGGCCUCCGACCGCUCACCACCAAGGCAAACCCUCUCUGCACUCAGAAAAGGACCUCGGCUGCGCGUGGUGGAUUGGUGGUUAAGGCUGAGCUGAAUCCGUCGGUGGUGAUCAGCCUGAGCACAGGGCUUUCGUUGUUCUUGGGGAGGUUCGUGUUCUUCAACUUCCAGAGGGAGAACGUGGCCAAGCAGGGCUUGCCGGAGCAGAACGGGAUGACACACUUCGAGGCCGGAGACACGAGGGCGAAGGAAUACGUGAGCCUGUUGAAGUCCAACGACCCCGUCGGAUUCAACAUCGUCGACGUCUUGGCUUGGGGUUCCAUCGGCCACAUCGUCGCUUACUACAUCUUGGCCACCACCAGCAACGGCUACGAUCCCAAGUUCUUCGGCUGAACCCUAAUUUUAAUUCGUUCUGAACCUCUCUUUCCUUAUCCCCUAGCUGUAUAGUUUCUUCUAUGAUCUAUCAUUUUGUUCCAAAACUAGCUCUAUGAUCACUGAAAACAAAUGAUCUCUUUUGAUCCAUUUUUCUUCUUCUCUUUUUUUGGAUUAUUGACUGCUUUACUAUAAGAUGUUCAAGUUAUAGGAAA